AGCAGCGGAAUUACACCCUGCCUUUCCUCGCUUCACAUUGUGCCCGCGGCUAACGCGAUGAGUUCAUCAUCUAAAGAUUCUCCAAUUACACCAAAUGACAGUAGUGAUGCCGGUAGCAUGUUAGGUGAACAAGUUCCGCAACAACAAAUUUUACGACAAAACAAAGGUCUUAGACAUUUUAGCAAGCAAGUGUGCGAUAAAGUGGAAUUAAAAGGCAUGACAACUUAUAAUGAGGUUGCAGAUGAACUUGCUGAAGACUUUGCAGCCCAGAUGUCAGAACAUGGAAGUGGGCAAAAGGUGGAUCAAAAAAAUAUUAGACGUCGCGUGUAUGAUGCUUUAAAUGUAUUGAUGGCAAUGGACAUUAUAGCUAAAGAUAAAAAAGAAAUUAGGUGGUUAGGAUUACCAGGUCAAAAAAAUGGUGCAAAUUCAGCAAAGUCGUCUGCGACGACAGAUGCUGAAAUUGAAAGGCAAAAAUCUGAACUUCGAGAACUGGAGCGACUUAAUCGACGCUUGUGUAAACAAGUGGAUGAAGCUAAAGUCGCUUUCCAGGAUAAAUUAGCUCGACACCUUCACAUUCGCAACCUCAUGAAAAGAAAUAAACGUCAUAGCCCAUAUCGGGUAUCGAACAAAUUAAAAUCUGAAAAAGAAUUACAUCUUCCGUUUAAGUUGUUACAUUGUCCACGAGGAACAACUAUUGAAUGUCAAAAUGGCCAAGACGGGUUUUCUCAAAUCCUUACUUUCCAUCCUCAUCAACCCACUAUACUUGAAGAUGCGCAUAUUUUGCAAUAUAUUGGUAUGGACAAAAUUUCGCCUGAAGAUAUGCAGCAAUGGGUUAACCCUGAACACUUGAAGUGGAUUGUCACGAAACAGGGCGACGAUGGGGAUUAUCGUAUAAGCUGUGCUCAGUAAUUUGAACACAACAAAAAAUAAGCUUUAUUAUUUUCUCGUGUUUUAGUCAAUUAUGUUUACCUUUUGACUUACACUGAAAAUAACUAAGAUUCCGAACAUUUUUUUCUAUUAUUUUCCUUUUUAACUUUACUUUUCUCUUUUGGAAUAAGCUUUGAACAAUACUUUUUUGGAAAUAAGCAGAUUAUUAAACAUCACGAAC